AACAUUUCAGGGCUAUUUAUUUUUUACAAGGAGCAAAUAUUCAUAUCGUACACGUUAUUGGGAUUUGGCCAAAUGCAACGGAUAUGAGAUUCAACACUGAAACCCAACAAAGGAAACCAUACGGGUGGAAAACGAGAACUCGCUGGGUGCCUACUGCGAGUCCUUCCAAUGUUAUUGACUCCAGAUUGAUGCGAUGUUGAAGUUCCUGAAUGUGACCGCUAGAGGGCGCCGACCACCCGCUACUCUAAAUUCACUCAGCUCAGACUUCCCCUCCACUAUUCAUCGGAAGACACACACUUCCAUGUUGGUACUUCCCUCGAACUGUUUGCAAUGAGUGCUAGAUUUGAGAUACGUGUACACCGUGUUUUUAUUUUUUUAAAUUUUUAUUUUAUGUGUGGAUGACACACAAAACAACAAAUGGCAGCUAUGUGUAACUUAUUGCAGCCUGCAGGCCUAAAGCUCUGCAUCUACAGGCACAGCUGUUUGCUGAGAGAGAGAGAGAGAGAGAGAGAGAGAGAGAGAGAGAGAGAGAGAGAGAGAGAGAGAGAGAGAGAGAGACAGACGGGAAGUCUGCAUGAUGUGUACCGACAAUUAGUCAAGAAUAGACAGUCAGCCUUCUCACCCUGUUCUCUGGUUGUCUGUGUGACUGGUGCUGAUGGCCGAGCCGCUGGGAGCCGUGUGUUUGCGGUACAGAGAUCAUUCGAGGACGAUGGCAUACGGAGGAGACAUCUGUCAAAUUGAUUCUGACUCUGACUUUGAGAACAUGGGGGACAGUGAACCAGGUCACGACUCCUUCCAGCUCUUUGUAGAGCCAGCUGCCAGCACCCAGAGGUGCCCUGAAACCCUACAAAUGGGCGUUUUUACCGGCUUUAUCGGCACAAAUGCAGAACAUCAGCCAUUUCCUGCUGGCGGUCCCACGAGAGGCGAGCCCCUCGACGUCAGGCAGCCGAGGUGUCUGCAGAGGAAUCGCUGGUCGGCCGCCACCUUAAAGGUCCUCUCCGCAAUGCCCAGUCGCGCUGCUGCAGUCCCACGGCGACACCAGACCUCGUCCCGUGACUCCUCACGCCCCGCUGGGACAUUCCAAAGUGACCGGGAACUGGCAGAUGUGGAGGAAAUAACUUCCGAGAGGGUACAGAAAAUGUCAAGGUUCACGGAGGACACGGAGAAGCAGCAGUUGGUCCUCCACCUCCGAGGCCUCCCGGCGGGCGAGGGGAUGCGCAGGCUGCGGGCCGCGGCGCUCAGCCUGGCCGAUAAGAAGGACGUCAGGCGACUUGUUUUCAGCGACGCGGCCCAGAGUUCCCUCGUCAGCAGAAACGCAUCGUGCCACUGUCGCCAGUACGUGCGCGUGUGCAGGACUUGGGCCCAUUGCCGCUCCGGCCUCACUUCCCUCCAGUUGUGGCAUUCGCCCAUGAAGAGACUGAGCGGGCGCUUUGGGACCGGGGUGCUCUCCUACUUCCUGUUUCUUCGGACCCUCCUGCUCUUCAACCUCCUCCUCUUCGUCAUCUUAGGCCUGUUCCUGGUCUUCCCUCAAGCCGUCAACCCUCCUCCUCCUCCCGCUGACCCUCCUCGGCCUUUCACCGGCCUCGGGCUCCUCACGGGAACGGGUGAUUACAUCUCCCACAGUGUGAUGUUUUACGGCUACUACACCAACGGCGUGCUCCAAACCUGCCGGCCCGCCGGAUCCCCGGAGUGUGAAAGCGGCGGGCCCCAGCCGGGGACAUACAGCAUACCCGCGGCCUAUUUCUUCACCAUCGUCAUCUCCUUCGCCAUUAUCUGCAUCAUCCUGGUGUACAGCAUGUCCAAGUCCUUCGGGAGAAAUUUUCAGGUCCUCGCGUCUAAUGGAAACUGGGCUGUAAAGGUUUUCUGCUCCUGGGACUUUAAAGUCAGCAAGGAGACGCCUGUCAAACUGCAGUCUGAGAAAAUCUGCACUCAGCUCAAGGAGCUGCUGUCGGAGGUGAUCCGUGGAGAAACUAAAAAGAGCUGGAGGCAGCGACUCCGCCGCCUGAUCGUGCACCUGGCGGCGUGGGCGACAUGUCUGAGCAGCAUCUUUCUCGGCGCCUUGGCAGUCUACUAUCUGUCAGAGAGUUCUUUCUCUUCCAAAGAAACCCAGCCGCUGCGCUUGUCUGCAGGGGUGUCCGCCUUGAACCUUCUACUCCCCAGCUUCUUCAACCUGUGUGCUUGGGUGGAGAAUCGUGACUCGCCCAGUGUACGCGUCUAUGUCUCCAUCUUCAGAAACCUCCUGCUGAAGGUCAGUAUUGUUGGAGUGCUGGGUUUUCGCUGGCUCGGGAGAAUUGCCUUGGAACCAGAAAGGCUUGGUUUGUUGUGUUGGGAGAGCUUUGUGGGGCAAGAACUGUAUUGCUUGCUCUUGAUGGACUUUAUCUUCACAGUGCUUUACAGUUUUUUGGGAGAGUUCCUGUGGAGGCUUUUUUCCACAAAAAUUCUGAAAAGGAAGCGGAUGCCAGUGUUUGACAUCGCUCGUAAUGUGCUGGAGCUCAUAUACGGGCAAACCCUUACUUGGCUCGGGAUGCUGUUUACGCCACUGCUUCCCGCGGUCCAGAUCAUAAAAUUGUUUUUGUUAUUCUACAUGAAAAAGACCAGUCUAAUGCUCAACUGUCAGGCAUCCAGAAAGCCCUGGCGGGCCAGUCAAAUGACGACAGUGUUCAUCUCUCUGUUGUGCUUUCCCUCGUUUCUUGGAGCUGCUGUGUCCGUCGCUUACAUCAUUUGGAAGAUUAAACCCUCGUCGAGGUGCGGCCCUUUCAGGAAUCUGACCACGAUGUUUCAGUCGGGGCUGAUGCGGGACGAGCAGCUGGGGAACAGCCACCCGAUCCUCUCUUGGCUCAACUGGGCCUACAACGCUCUGCUGGAGAAGCCACUCUUCUUAUUCCUGGUGGCUGGAGUCUUUCUAUUGGUGAUAUACAUUCGCACUCAAGUUGUUGAUGGCCAAAAACGAAUCAUCAGUCGGUUAGAAAAACAAAUUGAAAAUGAAGGUAAAGACAAAGAGUUCCUCAUCGCCAAUUUGCAAGCCGUCUAUGAACGGAGUGGCCUGGUUCCCCCUCAUAGUGGAAGUGAUCCGAGUCACCGCUGAAAACUCUUUGUGGCCGGAACACAACUUCGUUGUUUGCCAACUUUUGAAUGACCUCGUUUCUAAUCUGGAAAGGCUUUUCUGUGUGAACACUAUCCUGCAUGUGAUGCGUUUUCCUCUUAAUUUCUCUCCCCAGUCUGUGGCUGAACAACAUUCCCAACAAAGGCUCUAGCAACGCAAAGAUAUGAUCUAAUCGGGGAUAUGCAUCUGGGCUGUAGUAGACGGUUGAGAACAAAAGCGAAAAGCAAAACCUGUAACCGUAUCACAGUGUUAAAAUUGAAAUGUUCCGCAUGAGCACAAAUGAAUCCUGGCCAUUUUCACAGUAUUAUUGAUAUAUUUAUUCAUGCAGCUCCCUUACAUAUCUCAGGAUUUGUUUUUGUAUCUGUUAUUUUGUCAUUAUGUUUAUAAGAAAAUAAUUGUUAAAUCUGAAAAACAAAUACAUGUGAAUACAUAAAAAUGUUCUGCGUUGUAUAUAUGCUACGUAACGUAUAAUAAAGGCGUAAUAUAUUAUUGCUCUGUAUCCCAUAUUGCACCUUAAAGUUCAUCCAGCUGAAUGGAAAAUAAUGCCACCAUAUGACAUAGCUGAAUAAAAAAAGAAAACGGGAUGCAAUAACACCAUA